AUGGAUGUGGGUGGUGUAGAGGAGGUGGAGGAUGAACAGUUCGAGCUAGGUUUCCAGAAGAAACUUCUCGACGGCCAGAGAGCCUACUUCAAAACCGGCGCCACCAGAUGUCUGAAAGCACGACGUGAGACCUUAGAAACAAUGAAAAGAAUGCUGCAGGAAAACCGUGAAGAAAUCGAAAGGGCGAUUCAUAAAGAUCUCGGAAGGGAUCCAUCAUUUGAAGUCACCUGGGCUAUGAAGGAACUUGACGAAAGUCUUGAACAUCUCGAAGAAUGGAAUGCCCCUAUAAUAGUGUCAAAACCAUCGUCACUUGAUGAACACAACGAUGAAGUGUUGUUGGUGAAGGAACCACUGGGAGUGGUGUUAGUAAUCGGACCAUGGAAUUUCCCUUUGCUCACUUCGAUGCCCGCAAUGGCUGCUCUUACAGGAGGAAACACAGUGGUCUUGAAAUUGUCCGAAUACUCUUCAACGUUUUCCUCAGUCUACGCCAGUCUAAUCAGCCAAUACUUCGAUAAGAAACUUUUUGCCGCCGUUGAAGGAGCUAUCCCAGAGGCAACAGCUUUGCUUGCCGAACGAUUUGACCACAUUAUGUACACCGGAAAUCCCACAGUGGCUAGAGUGAUCAUGGCAGCAGCAGCCAGGAAUCUUACACCAGUGACGCUGGAGCUGGGGGGUAAGAACCCAGUUGUGGUUGAGCCCGAUGCCGACAUCGAGGAUGCGGCAAGGAAGAUUAUCGUCUCGAAGAUGUUGAACUGUGGGCAAAUCUGUGUGUCUUCGGAUUACGUCCUCACCACGGCUGAGGUGAAACCGAAACUCGUCGCCGCUCUAACGAAGAUCUUUGAUGAAAAAGCCCCGUUCAAAGAAAACAAAGAGUUUUCUCGAAUUAUCAACGACAAACACUUCGAUCGAUUGACGGACUUGCUGAAGACCACAAAAGGGCGGAUCCUUUAUCAUUCUAAGGAGGAAGAUAGCAGAUCUGAAAAAUUCUUGGCACCGUAUGUGAUCGAAGUCGAGAGUGACGAUGUGUUCAUGGAUGGUGAGGCCAGGCGUUUCAUUCUAGAAACAUCCAGUGGUGGUGUGACAGUGAAUGAUGUAAUGACACACUCAUUUGUGGAUACGUUACCAUUCGGUGGUGUCGGUAACAGUGGUAUCGGCCGAAUAAUGAAGAAAUAUGGAUUCGAUAACUUCAUCCACGAAAAACCUCUUCUCAUACGGAAUGGCAUUGGAAAACAAAUUGUUGACAAAUUGUGA